GUUGUAAGUGUUUUGCUCCUGAUGGAGUACUCCCUGGAGGUGGCUAGUGGGAAAGGCUACUGCAAAGMCCUGGACAAGGAUUACUACAGAACUGCUGAUGUCGUCACCAGUUUCCGGUUGAUCAUCAUGCUGUUUGUCAUCAGCUUCAACCUCCUCCUUGCUGUGGUGAAGAGGAGAGAACGUCUCCUGAUUCCAUUCCUUGCUCUACAAAUCAUGGACUUUCUCCUCAGCCUCCUAACAAUGUUCAGCUCCUACAUACAAGUCCCAGCAAUCAUUACUUUGUCAUCUCUAAGCCACGUGCAGGGACAUUCAAAGAUCCCUUUCUUGGCUCUGCAGCUACUGGAUUUCAGUCUGAGGAUCCUCACUCUGUGUAGCUCAUACAUGGAGGUCGCAACCUAUCUCAGCCUCAAGUCUUCGGACAAUGUGGUCUUCUUGCCAACCCGUCAGAAGUUACCAAAAGAAGAAUAUGCCAAAAUAAUGGUCAUCUUCACCAUUGCAUUCAUUGCUGUCCUCUUCCUCAAGGCCUAUAUGUUCAAAUGUGUCCUCGGUUGCUUUAAGUACGUUAAAGCCAGCAAGAGAGGGGAGGUGAAAGCUGACUCACAAACAGUUGAGAAGGCUGUGCUGCCAUCAUACGAAGAAGCUGUAGAGUUGCCUUCCAAGGAAUCUCCACCUCCCUAUGUAGGAAUCUAAGCU